AUGGCGUCGCGCGUGAUUGUGAAGAACUUGCCGAAGCAUGCGACCGAUGGCCGGCUGAAAGAGUUCUUCGGCGCCGUUGGUGAGGUCACUGACUGCCGUGUGCAGAAAACAAAAGAUGGUCGUUCCAGAAACUUUGCCUUCAUUGGGUUCAGGAACGAUACAGAGGCGAAAACCGCCGUGAAGGAAUUCAACCGGAGCUUUUUUGACACGUCCAAAAUCAGUGUUGAAAUUGCACACGCCCCUGGCUCAGACGCUUUAGCACGCCCGUGGAGCAAGUAUGCUCCGGGUUCAUCGGCUUAUGAGAAGAAAACUGCACGAAAAGCCAACAAGAAAGACAACUCACACCGAGAACGAGGACCUGACGAAGGACAGGGUGCUCAUGGAAAGGCUGGCACAAGACACGUGCUUGCUGAACCGGCAGGUGAGAGGCGGAUGGCGAGAGUCAACAUCAAAGGAACCAAAGUGGUUCGCACGGCCAACAUCAAACCCACCAAAGCUGGCGUGAGCGAUACCCGAAUGCAUACCGAGUUCGAGUCCAGUGAUGAGGAGACGAAGGAAAAAAAACCACCCACGAGAGGUGAGUCUGGACCUGCUUUCGAUGAAGAACUGGAUGAUUUGGCCUAUCUGAAGGUGAAGGCAAAGGGCGCCAAGACAGCAGAGGUCCAGGUGGAGCAGGUAGAGAUGGAAACGCCAAAGAAGCGGUCCAAAGGCAAAAAACGCUCUAAACAGAAGGAAGCUGAAGGCAUCAGCGCCGCCACGGACGCCGACCCAGCUGCCAGCGAGGCGGCCGCGGUGGAUGCGGCGGCGGCGGCGGACGCGGCGGCGGCGGAGGAGGGCGAGCCGGAAGGUUCCCAAAACCUGGAAGACCUGGAGUCCACGGGUCGCUUGUACAUAACCAAUUUGCCCUAUGGCGCCAGUGAAGAUGAAGUUCGUGCUCAUUUUGAGACUCUGGGAGAGGUGGACUCGGUCGUGGUGUGCAAGGAUGAAGACAACUUAAAGUCCCGUGGAUUUGGCUAUGUCACUUAUGUGUUCCCUGAGUGUGCUGUGAGAGCGUUGUCCGAGCUGGACCUGAAGUCCUUCCAGGGCCGCCUCCUACGCCUGUGCGCGGCCAAGCAGAAGCCGGACAAACCCGAGAAGGCGGAACCCAAGGCAAAAGGUGGGACGAGCUCCUACAAGCGCCGCUUGGAUGAACGAAAGAAGAAGGUCGACGCUCACUUGGAGCACACGUGGAACCUGCUCUACGUCUCCGCCAGCUCGGCGGCGGACGCGGCCAGCGCUCAGCUGGGCGUGGCCAAGAGCCAGCUCUUCGGGAAGGAUGCGGAGAAUGCGGCCGUGACGGCCACGCUCACUGAGACGUCCAUCAUUCAGCAAACGAAGACCUGGCUGCAGCGCGAGGGCAUCCGAGUGGACGCCUUCAAACAGAAGGGCACCGCCCUGACGAACAGCAAGGCCAUCCUGCCAGAGGAUGCCAAGCGACGAGAGGACACGCUGAUUGUGAAGCACCUGCCCGCGGCGGCCUCCGGCGCCGAGCUGCGCGAGCGCUUCGGCCGCUUCGGCGCGCUGGUGCGCUGCGCGCUGGCGCCGUCCAACACGGUGGCCAUCGUGCAGUUCAGCGACAAAGGUGCGGCAAAGCAUGCGUUUCAGAAGCUGGCCUUCUCACGCUAUCGUCAUGUCCCGCUGUAUUUGGAGUGGGCCCCGGAGGACGUGUUCACUGACGGCUCUGCACCCGCAGCGGAUGAUGCUGAUGCGGCUGCCGAGGAGGAGCUGGACGAGGAAUCUCGUGGAUACCUUUUUGUGAAGAACUUGAACUUCAGCACCACCGAGGAGGCCUUGAAGAAGGCCUUCCGGAAAGUGCCAGGCUUCCGCUCUGCAGUGAUCAUGCGGAAGAAGGCCGCGGUGACCAAGAAGAAGGGCGCCGUGAAGGAGGACGAGAAGAACCUUUCGAUGGGCUAUGGUUUCCUAGAAUUCGAGACGGCUGCGCAAGCGCAAGAGGUCUUGAAGAAGAAGCAGGGCGUGCUUAUCGAUGGUCAUGCUGUUCAGCUGCAGCUGAGCCAGGCUCGUGGCUCCAAGGUCAUGGGCAAUUCCAACGCCAAGAGCUCCGCCAAGGCCUCAGGCAUCAAAUCAUCCAGCAUCUGCGUGCGGAAUGUUGCCUUUGAAGCCACCAGAAAAGAGCUCUAUCAGUUGUUUGGAGCUUAUGGCACUGUGACCUCCUGCCGUCUUCCCAAGAAGUCGGACUACAGUGGGCACCGAGGCUUCGCCUUCAUCGACUUUGCCUCGCGCGCGGAGGCGCAGGCGGCCUUUGGAGCCUUGCAGCACAGCCAUCUCUACGGGCGGCGCUUGGUCAUCGAGCCUUGCCGGGGGCGCGGUUUCGGGCGGCUGGCGGAGCCCGCCGAGGAGAAGGCCUCCGAUGUGCUGAACGUGCAGAUGGCCGCCGCGCAGAGGCAGCACAACCAGAUCCGUGCCAGCGAGGCCAAGAAGCGGAGGAAAUCGGGCGGCAAGGGCGGAGGAAAGAAGGGCGGAGGGAAGAAGGGUGGAGCAGCCAAGGUGGUCAUUGAACCCCACCGCCAUGAAGGCGCCUUCGUGUCCAAGGGCAAGGAUGACUCCCUGGUGACGCGUAACCUCGUUCCUGGGGAGUCCGUCUACGGUGAGAAGCGCCUGGUGGCAGAGAGUGCGGAUGGCGAAGACAAGAUCGAGUACCGCGUGUGGAAUCCCUUCCGUUCCAAGCUGGGCGCCGGCAUUGUGGGCGGCAUUGGCGCCUGCCCCGUGAAGCCGGGCGCCAAGGUGCUCUAUUUGGGCGGAGCCAGUGGCACGACGGUGUCUCACGUGUCCGACAUGGUGGGACCUGAAGGCGUGGUCUACGCGGUGGAGUUCUCGCACCGCUCGGGGCGCGACCUGACGAACAUGGCGAAGCGGCGGCCCAACGUGGUGCCCAUCGUGGAGGACGCGCGCCAGCCGCAGCGCUACCGCAUGUUGAUUGGCAUGGUGGAUUGCAUUUUUUCAGACGUGGCCCAGCCCGACCAAGCGCGUAUCGUCACACACAACGCGAGCUUCUUCCUGAAGAACAAUGGAUGGGUCAUGAUCUCCAUCAAGGCCAAUUGCGUGGACUCCACCGCGGCGCCGGAGGCCGUCUUCGCCUCCGAGAUCGACAAGCUGCGGAAGGAUGGGGUGAAGCCCAAGGAGCAGUUGACGUUGGAGCCGUAUCAUCGCGACCACGCAUUGGUCGUUGGCAUCUACAGGGCCUCGAAGAAGAAGAAGGAGGAGUGA